AUGAAUUAAGGCGAUCAUCACCCUAGCGUUGAUUUUUCACAAUUUAAAUCAUAAUCAGAUUUAAAACGUAGAAAGAGAAGUAGUCAAUAAAGACUACUUUCUUUCGGUAACUCACUGAUUUAAACAGACAAUUAGGGUGAUUCAGAUCAUUCUAUGAAGGAUAGAAGUAACAAAUUGGGACUGAUUAAAAUACAUCUAACCAAAGUGCCUAAUUUUUAUAAUCUUAGAUUGAGAACAAAAGUUAAGAAUACAAGUAAAGAGCUUAUUAAAAGAUUCAAGGAGAAACUUGAUCAAAUAUAAAUUGUAAAUUUGGGAGGAUCCACGACUUCACUAGAGGUUCUUAAGAAGGCUGAAUAUUAUACAUAGCAAUAAUAUGAUAAUAUUAGAGAAGGGAGAGAAUUGCAUAACUCUUCAAUACAAUAAAAAGAGUUCUUAAGGAAUCGAAGAACCCAUCUUAACUAUAUCAAACUUAGACCAGCCUCAGUCGAGGAUAAUAAGCUAUAAAUCCCUCUUGAUAAUCAUGAUAAUCACUUGAAUGCUACUGAGGCUAAAACUUAAAUUGUCAAGCAAAAAACUUAAAAACCAAUUGAAAGGGGAAAUUUUAAUAUGACAGUUUUGAAUCCCUUGCAUACCAAACCCCCAUUGCUAAAAAAUAUUCAUAGUAUGAUGUAGCUUAAGAAACUAAAGAAAGACAAGGAAAGCAGUUAUACUAUCAAAAAAAUAUGCUAGAGUAGACUGAGUGAAUCAAGAAGUAUUCCUGGUGAUAUGACAAAUGAUUAUAUUAAUAUGAUAGAUAACAAGAGUACUGAAUAAAACCAGAUAUUAUUAAGAGAUCAAAGCCAGGAUAGCAUGAAUAUGCUCGAAAAUUGGGAGGAUAAGGAUAAAUAAAGCUAACUAAGUUCAAGGCUAAGAGAGCAGAUAAGGCAAUCUCUACUCUCAGAAUAUGAAUAUAUAAAGGAACAGUAAAAACAAGAGGACAUUGAUAGAUUAAAUGAAAUAAUGAGAAAAACAAGAAUAAACAUUAAAAAGCUUAUGGAAGAUUAAAAAGAGGAACAACUGUUUUAGAUGUCAUAAAAUAGGCAGAAAAUGUUAACAUUGCUGUUUAAAAAGGAUUUCAAUGGUUUGAAAAAGCAAUUUGUGAAGCCAGAAUAAAAAAAGCUUUUGAGACUUAGCGCAAAAAGUUAGGCUGAAUGCAAACGAGAUUUGGCAAUUUUUUCAACUUUACAAUCAUCUCAAGAGUCAUAAGAAUUCACUUAAGAUAUGGUGAACACUACUCUAGCUCAAUAAGAAAUUCAGAUAGUUGAGUGA